AAUCUUUCCUUCUCCACCGCACGUCACCAUUAUGACGCCAUAUCGCACAACAAGCAAAACCAAUGACAUUUCAGUCGUAUAUAGAAAAUUCCAAGCACUCUGUUGUCCCUAAAACUUAAAAUAAUACUCUUUGUAGAUUAGUAAAUGGUGUUUUCUACACGAGAUGUAUUGCCACACAUCGUUUAAAUAUUGUAGUAACUGCAACUGUGCAUUGUGUAAUCUAUAAUUGCAGAUAUACUUAUUUAAAUAUGCCUACCGACGAUGACUGAAAAAAGGUACUAUUUUAUGAAUAUAAGCUUCCGCGGUGAUGCGGCCGUCAAAUCGGCUGUUUCAAUCAGAAGGGGUUUAUCGUGACUUAAUAGCCUCUGAUUGACCAAUCCGAAUCGAGUAAUUUCCAAAUUCAUGGUAGAAUAUCUAAUAUACCUAAUUGUAUUCUUUGGGUUCGUGUUUGCGUGUCAGUAAUAUUUGUUUUAACGUAUUACCUGCAAAGUGUAAGUGGUAGAAAAUUUCAGCAAUAUAUGCCGCAUUAUAUUGAUAGCAUCAAACGCAAACAUUGUAUAUGUGGUUGAAACACUAUUCCAAUUUAUCAAUUCGUGACAGCCUAAUGUUGGAGGUCUUUGAUGUGAACCCAGACAGCGCGGGUGUGAUUCAGAUAAACAAAUUAAGAAUCUUGGAAUCAAUCACACAAUUACAGGCACAGCUAUGGACCGCAGCUCUCCAAAUUUUCGGCUUUUUUCACCAGCUUUGAAUAAGAUCUCCUUUCAAAGGGUUUUUUCUCAGUAAUAUGGCCAUCAAUAUCAUAAGCUAAAGAUGAUUCCAUAACGCUAACGGUUCAGUCAGGAAGCAGGAAUUAUUGAUCACAUUAAUGGUGAAUCGUUAAUAUCUUGAUCAAUACACGAACGACGAAAGUUAACUUUCCCCUUUGUCCCGACAUGGGAAACUUGAAUCCUAGCCUGAACAUCGAUAGACAACAUGAUUUCUACCUUGGUCCGGAAUGUAAGUCAUUCAGAGGCGUACAGCAAUGACACAUUUUACACAGAUCUCCAGUAAGUAUGACGGUGUACCAUCUUCUCGUGCUUGCAUACAGCGCAAUACAAUGUUGCAAUGCUUGUUUAAAAGUAGAGUUUAUUGUCGACAACGUCAUAGUGGACAAAAUAAGUAAUAGUGCAGCUCAGUGGACGCUGAGUGGUAUCACUACUGAUGAGGAGUGUGGCAUCAAGUGUGUGCAGGCUACAGGUUGCCUGUCCUUCUUCUACAACGAGGCUGAGGGCAACUGCAGGCUUCACUCCACCAUGUUCAAGCCUUCAGAGUCGUCUCUGGAAGCAGCUCCUGGCUACACGUACCGUAAACCUUUUUGCCCUCAACUUGCAAAAUAUAUUAUACCCAGCGGGACAACAGGCGUCUCAUCUGAGGGCAGUGUCAUGGUUGCACGUGUGUCAUGUGAAAGCGACGCCAUCUUUAUUGGAACAUCUGAAACCGUCAAAUGUGACGCUGACGGGUUUUGGCCGCAGAUGGGGUCAUGUGCUUUGACGCGCUGGUCGCACCCGACAGUGCCAUUCAGUGAAGCAAUCCCCUUCACUACCAAGGCUGGGACAGCGAUUGACAUCAUUGGCCGUUCGUUUGGAAAAGAGUUACAGAUGGAAAUAGGCGCUGGGAGCGACGUUGCGCUCUACCUGAUGGCGAGUGAAGACGGCAUCCUGGAUCGGGCGUCCAUUGUAAGCGGCAAUAAAGAAGGCCUCAUCAGCCUCUCGACGUCGGAGUUCUACAAACCUGCAAAAGAAUUUAAAUGCAAUGUGAAGAUAUCCAGCACCGAGUUCACGUUAUCUGUGGGUGGUAAGGUGGUUUUCACAUACGUCCACGUGGUGCCAGUUGAGUCCAUAGACAAGCUAAGAUUUAUGAAUGGCAUUGAACUGAAGGAAAUCCAUAUGUAUCAAUGACUGAUGAAAGUAUGCUGUAACAUGGUAUGUUACGCUCGUCGGGCACAUUUUAUUAAAUACAUAGAGAUGUAAAAAAUAUGAUAAUUUACUUCUUUAAAUGAUUUCGACCAAACGUAUUGAAAAUAAACGUACGUGUAUUUCCCAUCUCUGUGGGUGGGGCAGUGACAAAAUUAUCUAAUCUUACAAGAUAGUCUUCUUUUCUUUGAUUUAAGUAGAGAUUUUGAUACCUGCAAAUUUUAAGUUAAAUAUAGUGUAUAAAGAUUAUGUUUAUGAUGUGUGGUGUGUUUUGGGUUUUGUGUGUGUUAGUAUAAGAAUUAAUUUAAUCGUUUCAUAUGAUUCCCCCUUUAUUUGUGGAAGUGAUCUCUAUUUUGCCUUCAACAUGUUAAUGUGCUGUUCCUGUGACGUGUGAAACAAAGGGCUGAUGUGGCAGGUGUGCAACUGCCCUCUUCACUAGAAUGAGUGACAAACACAAUCUGGCUACUAAAAACUGCAUAUGUCAUUCCAGUGAAAACGAUAUUAAAUAUCUCAGAUGGCUUAUACAGGUAUGCCCAUGUGUGCUGCGUCAUGUUGGUUUGAUUAUAUUAUACGUCACUAUGUAUUAGAUGGCUUGUACAGGUAUGCCUAUGUUUGUUGUGUCAUGUUGGUUUGAUUAUAUUAAACGUCACUAUGUAUUAGAUGGCUUGUACAGGUAUGCCUAUGUUUGUUGUGUCAUGUUGGUUUGAUUAUAUUAUACGUCACUAUGUAUUAGAUGGCUUGUACGGGUAUGCCUAUGUUUGUUGUGUCAUGUUGGUUUGAUUAUAUCACCAUCCUGUGUUAAAGA